GCUCUGGUCUGAACUGCUCAGCAGGUGACCUUUGCCCAGCUCACUGGGACUUCUGUGCCCGAUGUCCCAUCCUGGGGCCCAUAUAAAACAGGUCAGGGCCCUCCUGCCUGCCUGCUCAGUUUAUCCCUAGAAGCAGCUAGCUACUCCAGGUGCAUUGGUGCCAUGCAGACCCGGAUGCUCCUCAUUGUGGCCCUCUUGGCACUCCUGGCCUCUGCCCGAGCUAAUGAGGUAGAGGGGUCCUUGCUGCUGGGUUCUGUGCAGGGCUACAUGGAGCACGCUGCCAAGAAGGUUCAGGAUGCGCUAACCAGUGUGCAGGAGUCCGAGAUGGCUGUGCAGGCCAGGGGCUGGAUGGACGGUGGCCUCAGCUCCCUGAAAGGUUACUGGAGCACAUUUACUGACAAGUUCUCCAGCCUCUGGGAUUCUACCCCCGAGGACCUACCAACAACUCCAGCUACUGAGCAUUGAGACUUCUAUGUUCCAAAUGUGCUUGUGCAUCUAUCCUGUUGGCCUCCGGCCCGUGGUUGGCCCCUGAAGGUUGCUUGAAAGGGAAAGUAUUCCCACCCUUCCCCAGACGUCACUUAAACAUGCUACCCCUAAUAAAGCUGGAUGAGAAGA